UCGCGAAAUAUGUAUCAGCGUAAAAUCGACAAGGAAACGGAAGUAAUCGGAAAGAGGGAGUCUCGAAUUUUCGGACGCUCAGCUGAGAGAGACGAAAACUCUCUAGAAGAAAUCUGUAUGGUGGCAUGGCACGACGUGCUGGACAUGGUGGGGUGAAAAUCCAAGCCAGUGAAACACCGAAUGUGUUCUCUCAUAACCUCUGAAAUCAGCAUUUUCGAGCUUGUACACUUUUCGCGAGACACGGUACACGAAAGCGACAAGUUUCGCUGGCUUUCUUCCGAUUUUAUGCGACCGGCAUCUUAUCUACGCGUGAUUUGCCCGAGAUAGGUAACUAUAGGUAACUACAAGUUACAUCUAUAAAGUGUGGGUCAUGCAGACCACUUGCAGAGUAAUGUAAUGAAUAGCUGUGGGAACUCUAAUAUUAGCACGAGGCUACGUGGUUCCAAGUGUGCCGAGACUCAAGAAGAGUCUAUAAAUCAAGUAGAGGAGAUAGAGAAAGAAGACAGUGGCGUGAUAAGUGGUUACAGUAUAAACGAUCUUAAUGUACCACGUAGCACCCUGGUUAUCUGUCAACGAAACUCCAAUUAUUCUUCAGAUCACGGCUUUGCCAGAUUUAAGCCAAGACUCAACAGUGUUCCAAGAAAUGAAUUUCGAAUGGCGCGCGGUGGCAGCUCUGCAGAUCGUGCCAGAGGUGGAACGCGUGGUAGAGGAGGUUUCAAGAAAGGCCUCAAUGAUCGCGAGUCAAAUUCAGAGUCCAGCUAUCACUCUACAUCUAGAUCCAAGUUUCAAGAAUCGUUGAAAAAUCACGAGAAUGCACAAGGCAAAUACUAUGACGAUAAAAGAAUAAAUGAGGACUCGAGAAUUUCCAAACUAUUGCGACGACUGUGUCGCGAAGAUGAUUACGAUCACUUCAUGGUGCUUUGCAAGCAAGUACAAGAGGGUAUUCUUGCACCUGAAAAUCAACGUUAUAUACGACGGAACUUGGAACUUAUUUGUGAGAAUCUGUUAGAUAUUUUGCAUUCUGGCCCUGGUCAGGAAGCAAAACAACAGAUUGCAAAAUGUUUGGGUCGAAUCGGAUAUGUGGUAGAACAAGAUUUUAAAAGAUAUAUGGACUGGACCUUCAAUAAAUACUCUUUGGAACGUAAAGAUGAUAUAAAAUGCUUACUAAUAAAAUCAAUUAGCGAGACACUCAAGAUGGAUGUCGAGACAUCUAAAUUGAAAGACUUCUCUGUGCCGAUGAUGUCCCAAUUACAAUCGAUAUUGGAAAAUGUCGAUAGAGCAGAUUUAUUGAUGGCGACUGUCGAUGCUAUAUUACUCAUCAUAGAUUCUUACCCAGAGACAUUCACGAAUCACUUUCGCGAUACUGUGGACAUACUUGUAGGUUGGCACAUUGAUUCUACGCAACAAAAGUCCGUCGUUCUUUACGCGAGUCGAUGUUUGCAAAAGCUGCGCUCAUUCUGGAUAUCAGAUCUGCAAUUUACACUGACGUUGCUAGGUCAAUUCUUGGAAGAUAUGGAAGGCUAUGAUGAGGAAUUGAGUUCACCCGAGUCCGGUCGUAUCUCACCCGGUGAUGAUGGAUCUCCGACACCAAGGGAAUGUAUUCUAAAGAUCACAUCUUUAAUAUCCGUUUUUAACACAGUAACGAAGAGCAUAUCCGAGCAUUUAAAUCCAAAUCUUGCACCCAGCGUACAAUGGUCUUUUUUAACAGAUUGUCUAUCAAAGAUGCUAAAGACUGUUGUUAAAGCGAUUGAAUUCGAAGAAGAGAAUGACGUUUGGCCCAAAAUCAUAUCUAACAACACAGAGGACUUGAUUAAAUGUAUAAAAAACGUCAAUUCGUCGCAAAAACACAUUGAAAUGCUCUCCAAGCAUUUCAGUAAAGAUGAGAUUACGGAGGAAAAUCUCGUCAAGAUGAUGAAGUCACUGAUUAUAAAUAAAAAGAAUGAUAAGAAAAAUUCUAAGAUAGUUUCUGAUAAAGGUGCUCUAUCCAAGGAAAAGGGACAGUUGUUAAUGAACUUGCUGCGAUCGAUGGAACCGAAAGUCAAACAGAUCGAUUUAUCGGAAGAGAAGGAGGAAUUGAUCGUCGUCGCAAAUGAAUGCGCUUUCUUGCUCCUCGGUUAUCUUCAAAGUCGCAUAGCAAAAAACCAUGAACUUCUCUAUAAAUUCAUCGAUCUUCAAUUGCAGAGGGUCAAUAUCUUUUGGGACGAUACUAUUAUCUCAAUGUUAACUAUCAUAUCGAAAAUAAUAAAGGAAGUGUCUGCGAAUUUGCCGUUAGAGUUGGUGCACACACUGCUCGGCAAGAAUUCGGCGUUGCUGAAAUUAAGAUUCCGAAAUUCCAUCCCCAUUCAAAACGCAUGUUUGGGCGUAUAUCACAGCCUUCUCAGUUUGAAGAAUAUUCCAUUAUUGCAGGAAUCUUAUCGCUAUAUACUAGCGGAUUUGGAGAUUGCUUAUAGGCUUAUAUUACCCGAUAUGGACAGCUUAGUUGUAGACAAUCCGUUAAACGAUUUGAAUUAUACAAAGAGCGAUAUUGAGAUUAUAAUUACGUUUAUACUUCUUGCGCUUUCGGAUAUAGCAAAUGCGAGUAAUUCGAUUAUCGGAAUGUGGGCUUUAAAGCCUAGUAUCCUCGAGCUUCUUGCAGUUAAAUUAAAACCAUACGACACUGCACUGUCUACAAUCAGCCCAUUUUUGCAAUAUAGUAUUUUGUAUUUGCUUUAUGCGCAUUGCUCCAGGUACAAUCACUUUGUUCCAAGUUCUAGCUUGAUAACUGGCAGUACCGCUUGUCGACCGAUGGAUAUGUUUCCUGGAACUUUAGAUGUACCGACCACAUCACCUACUAGCGGCCAUUUAUCUAUAAUUCUCAAUCUGAUAGCCAAGACGUACAACAAAAGGACGCCCGUACGAAUUUUACUUCUUUUGUCCAGUUGGUUGCAAGAGAUUUGCAUACAAUCCGAAAAAUACAUCGGGAUUUUGAGUAAAACUCAGGAGUGCCAGAAUAUCAUUGCGAGUUUAAUUAAUUGCGGCGCUACAACCAAUGAUGACAUUGCGAGCGCAGUAUGCAAUCUCUUGGAGAUCUUGAUGACUGCGAAGAAGGUGGAAUGGAAGCAAGAGACUUAUUCGAGUAUCAUAGAUCUAGCGACGUUGCAUUUAACAUCAUGCAAUAAAACAAUCCGCGAGAAAUACGGCUCACUACUAAUGUGUAUGCCCAUUAAUAUUGUUAUACCAAAAUUGAAUAAAGAAUAUUUAUUCUCAGACACUAAGAAAAUACGAGAAAUUGAAACAUAUUCGACAGAAUCAUUGAUACUUGCUCAGAGAUUACACAUGCGAGGUAAUAAUAAUGGGGAAUUAUUGGCGCAACAUUUCAAAACAUAUAUGGCAUUCCUACUGCAAGAGCAUUACCUCGACGCGGCCGGUUUGUCGGAAAUAUUUAGUCUAUGCUGGCCAGCUGUAUCGGAAAAUGAAACUACGGCGAGGAUAUAUGACUUGGCACUGGCAAAUUGUUCAUUCCUGUUCUUCUGGAGCGGUUUUGAGGCGGCGCAACAUUGCGUGCUCAACAAGCUCCGCACGUUUCUAGGGAAACCACAGGAGACAUUCACGUCGAUCGAGAGUGCUCUGAAAAUUCUGGCUCGCGAGAUAUCGUACAGCACAGACGUGAUAAUAAAGAAGGAAAAGCCAAGCUUGGAUCGCAUGUUGCACGAGCACACGCGGGUACGGCUUUUUAUAGAGUUCCUGGAACAUCUGGAAAGAGUUAUUCACAAUGCAGCAGAUGGUUGCGCGAUGGCGCUUUUGCCGUUAUCGAAGCCAGUCAGAACCUUUUUCCAUACGAAUAAAUCGACGUGCAAAGAGUGGUUGAAUCGCAUACGACUAGCUUUGUGCGUCGUCUCGUUGCACUCAGGCCUGGCGACGAGCGCGUUGCGAAACGGUCAGAGGCUGCUGGAAGAUUUGAGUAACGCCGAUAGUACGCAAGGUAUAGAGUUUGAGAGGGCAACGUUGUGGACGGCGCAGGCGAUGGUCGCACUGAAUGAGGCAGAAGCCUUGCAAGGACUCUAUGCGUAUGCCAAGACAAAGGACAGACAGUUUCCGUGGCUGAAAGCUGCGAUGGAAGAGGCCGCCGGACACUACGAAUCGGCGGUGCAGGGCUACAAGCAGAUAAUCGACGAACAGACACACGCUAAAACGGAUGAUGACGAAAAUUCCAAAGCUACGAGACUCGAAAGUGACAAUCAAGUGCUGGGUUUUUGCAUGCAGCGACUUUCCAAUUGUUAUAAAGCGGUCACCGAUUGGUCCGGAUUAGUAGACUGGAAAUUACAAGAGAACGAUAUAUUGACACAAGAAAGAAAUAUUGUUUUGCGAAAACAAAUUGCGGAAAAUAUCGUGCCGCAGCAGGCGGAUUGUUUGAAGAAGUUUGAAGAGGGUGAACUGAUCAGCUUAGAUGAACUGACGAAUUGGAAUCUGCUGGAUGACGAGAAGAAGAAUAAUUGGAGUUGUGCAAAUGCGCUGAGUGAAUGCAGCAAUAGUCUAAUGAACAUUGCGUUGAGGAUUCGCAGUAAUGAGUAUAAAGACUCGUUCGAAAACGUUAUCGAGAGAUGCGAGAAGGUCGCGGCUAAGACAAUGCAAGACAGUUUGCGAAAUGUACCUUCGGAGUAUCUCAAUGACGCUAUAUUGCUUCAGUAUUCCGCGACGGGACUGAAGAAUCUGUUAUGCGGUAAAAAUGACAAAAACGUUUUUGAAUUGUACAAAAUCGAUAAGAUCAAUCAUAUUAACUCGAACGUUUUAACGCAAGUCUUGUGGUGGUCCAAGUAUUUUGACCAAUCAUCCGACAACAGUUCCACGGAGGUGGAUAGUCUACGAUUACACGUCAUUAGAACGGCUAGGAAGGAAGGCAAUUUUAAUUUAGCGAAACGAGAGAUAGUUAAGUAUUUUAAAAUGGAGCAAAAUUUGAUCCAAUUGAAAAAUUCGACCACUACUUGCACUUUUGCCGAUAUCACGAAUAGCAUGUUGAACGGGCCUGUUCACGUGAAAUGGACCAAGAAUAGCAUGCAUGCAUUCAGAGAAUUUUCAAAAUUGCUGUACGACAUGGAGAACACGAACGAGGCGUUGAAGAUAUGCUGCGUAACUUCUUUGGGAAUUUCGCAGGCGAUCGUCAACGGUGAGCAAUCCGCCGAUUUGCGAGAGAUGGGAACCAAGCUUUUGCUUACCCUGGGUAAAUGGAUACAGCAGGACAUGAAUGUAAAAGACAAUCCACAGUUAGAGGAAUUGCUCAGAUUCGAAGCCGUGCAUAACGAUGGUCUGAUGGAUAAAUUGUUCGGUGACACGAUCGAUUUGAUCCCGACAUCGGAUAUGAUAAUUGGCAAACUGAUGCAGCUCGGUGUGAAUCAGUGUCCGGAUCUUCCGCACGCUUGGUCAAAUUUCGCCGCAUGGUGCUACAAAUGGGGUCGAAAAAUCGUGGAUAAUUCCAACUCUGGUCAAUUGACGGAUACCGAUCGGUUCAAUAUACAGUCUUUACUGCCAAUGGAUAUGGCCGAGGCCGAUCUCAACACCGUUUUCUGCAUACUCGGCCAGAAUAAAACUAUACCCGAGGAUGAGGGCGACAUAGACACGAACGACGUGAACACGUCCGACAUGAUAGAAAAUCAAUUGAGAAACCUGCCGGUGCUGAAUCACGCCGGCAACGAGCAUCUUCUCGGUAUGCUGGUCGAUAUCUGGCGACAGGCACAGAAGAGGAUCUACUCGUACUAUGAACUCUCGGCAAAUGCAUAUUUCAAGUACUUGCAAUUAGCCAAUAACGAGAGCAACGAGUGCGAUACCAUCACGGCAACGUUGCGACUAUUGCGGCUCGUGGUAAAGCACGCAUUGGAACUGCAGAACGUACUCGAGGCCGGUCUCUCGACAACACCGACCGCGCCUUGGAAGGAGAUUAUACCGCAGUUAUUUUCGAGGCUCAGCCAUCCUGAGGCGUACGUGAGGACUCAAGUGUCCGAGCUGUUAUGCCGUGUGGCGGAAAAUUCUCCGCAUUUGAUUAUAUUCCCGGCCGUGGUGGGCGCCGUUUCAGGCCAGAAGACCUACGACAAAGUCGUCUACGAGAAACCCAACGACAACGAUAAUUCGCAAAACGAAUUGGACUCGAAUGCCGCUGAAGAGGACGAGGUCGUCGCUUCGUACAACGACGAGCACGAAGGUUUUAUGGAUUCCUGUUUCUCGCAAUUGGUCGAUUGUCUUUCGAGUCGCAUCCAGGAUUCGAUAGUCCAGGUGAAGGUGCUGGUGAAGGAGCUCAGACGAAUCACUUUGCUGUGGGAUGAAUUAUGGCUGGCGACUUUGUGCCAGCAUCACACGGAGAUCACCAAGCGAUUCGAGCAGCUGGAGAUCGAGAUUCAGCGGGUGCAGAAUAACGUCUGGCUUGCGCCCGAAGAGAAGGACAAACUGAUUGCGGAAAAACAUAGAAUUAUUCUAAAGCCGAUCACGUUCAUAUUGGAGAAUCUUCUUUCUAUGACAUCCGUACCUGCCGAGACUCCGCACGAGAGAAACUUUCAGGAGAAAUUUGGCGCUUCCAUAGAGGAGGUGAUAAACCGAUUGAAUAAUCCCAAAAAUCCGGCGAAACCGCAAAUGGCUAGUUUGGCAUUGAAGCAUUUGGAAACCAAAUUGGCACAACGCGUGCACCGACGGACCGCUUAUUCCCUAUCGAUGAUGGAUAUCAGCCCUAUCCUAGCCAAUCUGAAGAACACAUGCAUCGCCAUGCCGGGCGUCGCUGCUAUCGAUAAUAAGAUCGUCACAAUCAUGUCGGUGGACAACAAUGUUCAGAUUCUGCCGACCAAGACGAAACCAAAGAAGCUAAUAUUCCACGGUUCCGACGGUCAUGUUUAUACGUAUCUGUUUAAGGGAUUAGAGGACCUGCACCUAGACGAGAGAAUAAUGCAAUUUCUAAGCAUAUGUAAUACCAUGAUGUCGAAAAACAGUGACACAAAGACAUAUAGGGCGCGACAUUAUUCAGUGAUUCCGUUGGGUCCCAGAUCCGGUCUCAUUCAGUGGGUCGACGGCGUGACGCCAUUGUUCAUACUCUACAAACGAUGGCAGCAGCGCGAAUGCGCUAUGAGCAGCAAAACCGGUGGCGGAAAUUCAACGAUUAUGCGACCAUCGGAACUGUUUUACAACAAAUUGACGCCGUUGCUGAAGGAGUGUGGAAUCGGCUUGGAGAAUCGAGAAAUCUGGUGUAACAGCAUCCAUGCCGGUAGCUGGUGGCAAGCCACUAAGAAUUAUUCGUAUUCCGUUGCGGUGAUGUCCAUUAUCGGCUACAUCAUAGGCUUAGGCGACAGACACCUGGAUAAUGUCCUCGUCGAUCUCAAUACUGGAGAAGUCGUGCACAUCGAUUACAACGUCUGCUUCGAGAAGGGAAAAACGCUACGCGUCCCGGAGAAAGUGCCGUUCCGCAUGACGCCCAAUAUCAAAGCGGCUUUGGGAGUAACUGGCGUCGAGGGUAUAUUUAGGUUCGCCUGCGAGCAUACUUUGAGAGUGAUGCGCAGAGGCCGCGAGACGCUCCUGACCUUGCUGGAGGCCUUUGUCUAUGAUCCUCUGGUGGAUUGGCGAGCUGGCGCGGAUACAAGUAUAGCGAGUUACGGUGCUUGCCAGGCCAGAGCGAGAUGUACCGGUGUCGGAAGGAAACAACUGGAGCAGGAACUUACACGUGCGAUGUUCGCCGUAAGAACGGCGGAGAUGCGUGUUGAAUGGCUGGCUAAUCGAGACGAAUUGACUAAAAUCUUACCACUGCUGUGUCAUCACUUGAACUGUUGGAUCGAGACGACCGAAGCGUCACGUCAGUGUCAGGAUUUACUGCAGGACCGACAUCAGCAACUCGCGUUAGUGAAGGAGGCACAGGCGAUGGGUCGGAAUCAUGCAUUGUACUCGGUCGUGAACCGAUAUAACUCGUUUAAACGAGCGCGAGACGCUCACGAAAAAGCGAAAGCUGGCUUAAAAGAUAAGAUAGAGGAAUGUGAGAAGCAGAUUAAUAUGCAUAAUAUCGCGUUGGCCGCGGUGCGAGGACCCCAAUUGGGACAGUGGCUGGCAGAAUUAGGAACCUCGGCGAAUCAAGAGGAUCACGUGGUGUUUGAUCUCGUGAAAGAGUUUUUGCAAAACGCCGGACAGAGUCAGAUGAUAUUACAAUGCGAACAAUCGGAGAAUGAAUUGACCCAGUUGGCUACUCAGCAAUCCAUUCUUAUACGCACCUGUUUGGACUUGUUGAGUCAGUAUUCCGCUAUCUGCAGCCUGUAUCCCCUAAGCACUCUGUCGCAGCAUCGUACCGUACUCUAUCACACAUGGGCCAACAAGUUAUUGACCUCAGGGACCGUCGAGGCGUGUCACGAGGUUAUGACGCAGUUUGAAGGAAAUCUAAAUCCGAUCAACCCGAAUAAUCCACAGGUUCCCUUCUCGUAUCAGAUGCAAGCGAUUCUAAACGAUUCGAACGAGAGACUCAAGAAAGCUUAUGAAAGAAUAGUAUCCGAAGGCUUGCCGGAAGCCGGCAAUAGGAUUGAAAAGGCGUAUGUCGAGUCGAAGGCACAGAUUGUAGGAUUCCUGCGACGAGAGAAGGGCGCGGAAAGAGCGCUCGAGUGCGUCAAUAUUACCGCGCUAUGUGCCUUGAAUAAGCGAUACCUGAUGAUGGAAGGCGCGGCCAAAUGCGCCGGGGAUUGUCUGGUGGAUCUCACGUCUCGCGAAGGGGACUGGUUUCUAGACGAGAUGCGUCUAAUGUCAUCGCUAAUCGCUGAAUUGAUCACGCUGAUACCGGAGAACCAUAAGACGAAUAACGACCCUAAGAUCUCGCUGAUACUCAAAUGCCUGAAGAGCGCCGAUUGCAUAUACAAGGGUUUACAGGAACUUAAUUAUAACUUUCAAACCAUUAUACUGCCGGAAGCGAUGAAGACUAUUGUCACGGAGGAGCCGAGCGUCAUGCGAAUGAUGGGCGAACUCAGCGAGAUCAUAAUAAUGACCGGGAUACCUCUCGGUGACAUUUUGGCGCAGCUCGAGAUGCAUCUUCGAUUCACCGUGAUGGAGAUGGAGAGUCCGCAUGCGAUGAUACAAGGUAUAGUGGCUAAUAUGAGAUUACGAUUCGAGGCGUUACUGUCGCGACCAGCGGAGAUUCAGGACUUGAAUCAGGAAGAAACUUUGACUCCGGGUCAAAUGCUGCUAAUGGGUUUCAACGGCCUGUUCGAGAAAUUGCAAAUGGAAGGUAACGCCUUGGUGGCCACUUUGAGUUCGCUGGACAUCCCGUUAAAUUGGAAAAAAAUCGAUCAGAUACGCGAGGCUAAAGAGAUGUCAGCGCCCAUCUUCAACAAGGCAGCCAGACAAGUUCUAGAGGACAUAUUCCUGAUUAAGAGAUUACAUACGAUACAGGAAUUCUUCAUGAUGUGCAGGGACAUUGCUACCGCGUUCAAAGGCGGACUAGCGAAUGUGUACGACGACGAACGACUUAACAAACCUGUCCGAGUAUUCACAGCCGAUUACGUUUCGAGACAAUUGCUCGGCGUUACGUCACAAACAUUGGCAAUCACCUUGUGUUUCCUGCUGCAACGCAUGGGCCUGAACGUAACCACCGAGAUUGAACAAAGAGAUAUCGGAGCAGAAAGCAAAGUUUCACUGGAGGAGCUGUGUCGGAAGAUGGUGGAUCUGUGCUUGAAGAAGGGAUUGUUCUCGGGCUCAACCUUGGCGCAAGCGGGCGCGUUAAGUAGCACGCUGGAAAGCGCCUGGCGACGGAAACAAGGCGCCAGACUGGCGCAACAAAGCGUCGAAGUAGCUAGAGCCAGUUUGCAGAGACUUCAACUUCAGCUAAUGGCCCAUCAUUGGUUGCACGAGGAUAUCAUGAUGCUAAGAUCCAACAUAAAUCCAAUGAAUCCUCUAAAUCGGUCCACCUUUAUGCUGGAGCUGCGAAAAACUGCGGCGGCACUGUCGAACUUGCAAUCGCGAGUAUGCGAGGCUCGUGAGCAACAACAGAAUCUUGUCUCAAGCGCCGUGCAACGUCUCAAGUGGGCUGCUGGCGCCAAUCCAGCAUUGGGCGAAGUUAUGUCCGCGUUCGACAACGCGGUAUUGUCAUCAUGCGAGAAAUUGACCAGACAACACAAUCUAGCAGCGAUGGUGGUGAACACAUGCAAUUCUAUAUUACACUACGAAGCUCUGAGGACCAGAACAUCGGAAAGCAUGACGCACGAUGCCAAUUUGGUCAAACUAAUCAAACACUGGGAAGAGAGCUGUGUGCUGACAGCCAAUUUGAAUAUCACUGUUACCAUGAUAGAGGAGAGCCUCGUACAGUUAUUGCAGCUGGAAAACAACGUAGACACCGCAUGGCUGAAGCAAGCCGAGAAAAUCGUAUCUGAGGCGAUAGUCGAUACCCAGAAGAAGUUACAAGAGAAGCAAGAAGCUCUCUUCACCGCCGAGGAUUAUUUGAGAGAGCGAGUCAAAAAUUUACAGAAUGUGCUCGCCGAACAUCAUCGACUUAUGUCGGACGUUAGAGUGCUAUUGAAAACGAUGGUAAAACAGGAGAACAUUGACGGUUUGCAGGAUUUCUUGUCCGCCUAUCGCUCUUUCACGGAAAGUGUAUCGACGAUUGUGAAGGAAUUAGAGUCCAAUAAUUUCGAUUCGGCUCGCGGCGUGGCGAUCAAGAUUGAUCUAGAGACGAUGGCAGUUAAAGCACCCAAUUUGUACAAUCAACUGUUAGAAUUCGCGAGCGAGCACAAAUUGAAUCCGGCGAAAGCCGCGGAAAAACCGGACAAUCUGAAGAAGAAAGGCAGCAGACUGAUACGACAAGAGAGCGUAUGCUUGAGUCCGAGGAAAGGAACACCAUUAGCCAGAGAUCCGACUACGGGCAAAGCUGUACAAGAGCGAAACGCCUACGCGCUGAACGUGUGGCGUCGCGUGCGCAUGAAGCUGGAAGGUCGCGAUCCGCAACCGACACGGAAGUAUACCACGGCUGAGCAAGUGGAAUACGUGAUACGCGAAGCGCUAAGCAACGAUAACCUAGCCUUGCUGUACGAAGGCUGGACACCGUGGGUCUGAACGAAGAGCUGUUGGCGCUCGCGCGCCCCGAUGGCUCGACACUCGUCUCACAUGACGGUAUUCAAACUUGUACCGUCGUAUCUAUGUCGCCCUACGUUGCCGUAGGAGGCAAAACUCCACUCCGCUCGAAACCAGAUAUGGCGGAGUGUCAUCCGGGGAAACAAGUCAAUCAAGAAACAAGUCGGUUUUUCAGGAUCAAUCUCUCCGGCGCGACAACUGAAAAUCCACUGUGCUGAAUGCUGAUUCUAUAAUUGUCUCAAAAACCGAGGCUGGUGUGCAAUCUAUUAUACUUAUGGAUAUGUAAUGAGUGUGUCUUCUUUCUUUAUUUCUUUUUUUUUUUUUUUUUUUUUUUUUUUUUUUUUUUUUUUCAAGAAUGUAUGGUAUAUUGGGCGGAUAAAUGUGCAGAGAUAAGUAUUAUUCUUUUGGGAGCCAUGAAUUUUUGGGGGAAGCAUAGAAUCGGCCAUAUCCUAACGCUAACGGUGUAGUCGCGAGAAGUUCGGCUGACGAUAUAUUGAUGGGAAGUCCGAUGAUAAUGAUGAAAGUCUCGAUCGUAGUGACGAUCCCAAUUAUUACCUAUAUAUGCAAUAUAAUUUGCGUAAUGUCAUAGAUAGUGUCAGGGAUUAAAAUCGCCUAGCAUUUCAAUCGAGGCAUCUGAAUCGGUUUUCGCACCGACAUUUUGAUUUUAGAUACAUGUACACCGAUGUAUACACAGAUAUACAUUUGAUGAUUAAUUCGAUCAGGAGUCCGAGAUCAUGUAAACGUAUUACAGCAUUAUUUUUCAAUAAGAUGAAACAAAAUAAAAGACAAAAUUUUAAAAAUGUCCGCGACUUGACAUAAAAAAAUAGUUUAUUAUUAUUAAGUUACUUUAUGUAACUAAAUAUGUUCAAAAUCAGCGCAUAUGUAUAUACACUUACACUUACAUACGUAUGCAGAUACACUGCUCACAUAUUACAGAUAUCAUACGUCUCUACAAACAUACAGAUAUACAUACAUAUAUAUAUACGCGCGCGUAAGUGUAAAUUUGGAAAAUUUAAUGAUCUCGCGGCACAAUCGCAAUUUAUCGUCGAUUAUAAUGAAACAAAAUAAUUUCUGCGGUAAAUGCGUACAUAGUUUUGUAAAGUUUAUCACGUCGACUCAGUUUGUGAGUUUUAUAAUGUUAGUAUCGGACGAUCCGGACAAAAAAAAUUCAUUAGCUUCGUAGCCAACAUUGUGACACAUGAUAGUGUCCUCGCUACUCUCUGGCGUUGCACAUUUCGCCGAGUCAUGUUUUAAUUGCUUGAAUAAUGCUGUCAUAAAUAAAGAUUUUCACAUAUACAUUGCAGAAGUAAUGAUAAACACUCGUUUCUUUUAAAUGUUUGUUGCGAAUUUACAUAAUUGUAUGAAUUUUAUCAGUUUAACAUAACUCAUUGAGUAAUAUGUGCAGGAUGUUUUAAGAGGAAUCUACUAUACAGAUGUGUUCCACAAGCUAGAAUGGAGAAAAAAAUCUAUAUAAAUGUAAGGCCGGUGAUUGGUCGUUAAGAACGCUCAAAUUUGAUAAAAAACAAAAUUUUAAAAGAUUAUUUAUUAUUUUACUAGGAAUUAUUUUUCCUGAAAAAAAAUAAUUCGUUAUGUAAAAUAAGUAAAAAAUUUUAUAAUUAUUUAAUUAAAAUAAUUAGAUAAUGUUUAGUCAAAAUUAAUUUCUUAAAACUAUUUUUUUUUUUUUUUUUUAAAGAGGAUAACUAAAGUAUUGUUAGAUUUUAUAUAUAGAUUUCUUUUUUCUUUAGCCUCUGAAAAACACAUCUAUAUAAUAUAUAUACGGCAGGUUUUUUCUAAAAUAUCAUAUACAAAUAACACACAAAAUGCUAUACAAAUUGAAAUUGAAAUUGGCCAACACAACAUUUUAGGGAAACGUGACAGAAUUUCAUAGCGCAGCUCUAAGAGAUUUUCAAAUUUUUUCUGAUUUGUAACCUUUCGACAAACUUUACACAAUAAAUGACUACGAGUUUGGCGUAGACGAAUUUUAUUUGUGUAAAAACUCAAAGAAAA